UGACCUUGUCGAAGAGGAUUGAGUAGUUGAGGAGUUUAUGAGUCAUUGAAUCCAUCCAACUCCUUGUGGAUGACAACCACCCACAAGUUUGGAACAUGUCACACUCGGUUGACCGGUUGCUGCCCUCUGUCCCUCUCCUUGGUGGGAGGAUUGAGCGUGCUUCUCUCUUCAUCAGAGACGAUUGAGUAGUGUGGGGCUCUCCCUCUUGAAGGGAUCAAAUGUGGAGGCAGUGGACCAAGCUGGGAUGGCCCGUGACCCUAGAGUGGCCUCUGACCCUGGAAUGGUCCCUGUGUGAUAUCCUGGUGUUGAGCAUGUUGCUCAUAAAUAGGUCACCAAGGGUAAAGUGUACUAAUCAUCCACCGCACGGAUAAAGAAAGAGUCGCGAAGAAAGCUUGGUGAAGAGCUUGGGGAACUCUACAAAACGCACUUGGUGGUCUUCUGGAUUCGUCACUGACUGGGAGGAUGCAAAGACGGCAAUAGUGAGUGCAUGGAGUCGAGAGGGGUCACUUUCCAUCUGAUGAAACCCAAAUGCUUUGAGAGCAACCAUUCAAGGAUUAGAUCAAGAGUACAUGGUACAAGAGUAUUUCCUCCUGCACAGAAGACACUGGGAAAGAUUUUCGAGGCGUUCGCAAAUUUGUGAGACCGUACUAGGGUCAAUGAAAACCAUGUCUAUCAUGUGAACAGAGAAAGGAAGAGGACCAAGCACGUUUCCCUGAGGAUUCCUGAAAUCAUGCAAUGCCAAUCUGAGUUAUUUUCAGCCGAAAAUAGUUCAACUCUCACUCUGAAGGAGGACACUCUGGAACUAAAAACCUUUUUGAUUUCGAGUUCGCCAUGUAUGAAAAAUGUUGACAUUGUUCACGCCAAGCAAUUCCAUACUUUCGGUCCCAACUCAACCAUUUUCCUCAGCCUCUCCUUAGACUUGGAAUGAAGUUCACAGAGAUACUCUCACGAAAGCCACCAAAGAGAUUUGGGACGGAGUGGCUUGCUUGGCCAAUUUACAACUUAAACCCAAGAUUUCUACCGUGCCAAGGUAUGCCAAUUUUGACGAUGAUUUCAAAACGGAUGUAUUCGCCAACGUGAUGUCCACUUGUUGUGAUGAUGUUCGAACCACUCGCUUCCGGCUUGUGUUUCCGUUUUUCCCUCGUAAGUUCUACUUAAUGUUCGAGCAACCUGAGAUACCGUCGGAUGUAUUUGCAAAUCAAUUUACGCCGAUCUUGUGGAAAGCGUUUGGCUUAUUUCUAAUCCUCAUUACGGUCGUCAUGGUUGUGGCUAAUCGGUUGAAGGACAAGAACAACGGCGCUCGAGAAGCUACUUUCUUGACCUUCAACAUGCUGACUCAAACUGGAGCUGACCAGGAGCCUCAAGAUGGCACAAGGAGACUCAUUUUUAUCGUGGGCUUCUUCUUCUGUCUCGUCUCGUUCAACUACUUCUCGGCUAACAUUAUUUCCUCGUUGCAACAGAUCAAGAGUUUUGAAUCGUUGGAAGAGGUGGUUAACAAUUUGAAGAUGACACUGUCCGUUCCAACGUUCCCCAUGUUUUUAAAUGUUCUCCGUUCAUCUCCCAAUUCAGAGGCCGUCAAGAUUGUCAGCAGGUUCGACAAAAACGAAAAUGUAGUUGGAUUUGAAAACCAGGACUUUAUUCUCGAUAAACUCGCAUCCAUUCAACAAGGAAACAAAUGGGACUCAAUCAUAGCGCCUGAUAAUUUCCUCUUCGGGGCCUUGAUCAACGAUCACUCUCCUUUCAAUCGGAAUCAGCUUUGUAAGUUUCAUUACUUCACCAUUCCGGGGACUGACACACAAAUGGGAAUCUUUGCCAAAAAGGACCUUCCGCUUCACAUAAUGGAAAGGUUAAGGAAAUCGAUGAUAUUUAUGAUCGAAACUGGAGUUAUUGGCGUUCUACAAAAAAAGUAUAAACCUCGACCAUUAGAUUGUGUUGACUUGCGAAAAUCUCAAUUCAAGCAAAUAUCAUAUCAGUACGUGAUGUUACCAUUUUACAUCUUGGUGGCUGGAUACUUUACGUCAGUGGUCAUUUUUGGAAUAGAGCUAUUUCGACUGUAUUAGGAGAUUCUAAGAGGAAUGCUGUCCCAAAACGCGCCUAAUUUACUAGGCAUGUAUUGCAGUAUGUACCUAUAUGUCAAUCUACAAAAAUAAAACACAUCUCG